UUUUCUUUUUGUUUUGAGAAAGGGGAAUAUCAUUUCAAGUUAGAGGAAUGAAGGCUGGCUUCGGAGGAGGGUCUUGGACCUCGCUGUGGGGGCUCCUGCUUAUCGCCGUCGCACUCCUGCUCUGGCCGACGAGUGGAGAAAUCUGCGGGCCAGGCAUCGACAUCCGCAAUGACUUCCAGCAGCUGAAGCGCCUGGAGAACUGCACGGUGAUCGAGGGCUUCCUGCACAUCCUGCUCAUCUCCAAGGCCGAGGACUACCGCAACUACCGCUUCCCCAAGCUCACCGUCAUCACCGAGUACCUGCUGCUCUUCCGUGUGGCCGGCCUCGAGAGCCUGGGAGACCUCUUCCCAAACCUCACGGUCAUCCGCGGCUGGAAGCUCUUCUACAACUAUGCCCUGGUCAUCUUCGAGAUGACUAACCUUAAGGACAUAGGGCUGCAUAACCUGCGGAACAUCACCCGGGGCGCCAUCAGGAUCGAGAAGAAUGCCGACCUCUGCUUCCUCUCCACGGUGGACUGGUCGCUCAUCCUGGACGCUGUGCCCAACAACUACAUUGUGGGGAACAAGCCCCCGAAGGAGUGUGGGGACCUGUGUCCGGGGGUCCUGGAGGGGAAGCCAACGUGCGAGAAGACCGCCAUCAAUAACGAAUACAACUACCGCUGCUGGACCGCCAACCGAUGCCAGAAAAUGUGCCCAAGCUCAUGCGGGAAGCGAGCCUGCUCGGACAACAACGAAUGCUGCCACCCUGAGUGCCUGGGCAGCUGCUAUGCACCCGAUGACAACACGGCCUGCGUGGCCUGCCUCCACUACUAUCAUGAUGGCACCUGUGUGACAAGCUGUCCGCCCAACACCUACCGAUUUGAGGGCUGGCGCUGCGUGGACCGUGACUUCUGCGCCAACAUCCUCAGCGUCGACGAAGGCGAGGGCUUCGUCAUCCAUGACGGCGAGUGCAUGCAGGAGUGCCCCUCGGGGUUCAUCCGCAACGGCAGCCAGAGCAUGUUCUGCGUCCCAUGCGAAGGUCCUUGCCCCAAGGUCUGUGAGGAAGACAAGAAAACAAAGACCAUUGAUUCUGUAAAUUCUGCUCAAAUGCUCCAAGGCUGCACCAUCUUCAAGGGCAAUUUGCUCAUUAAUAUCCGACGAGGCAAUAACAUUGCCUCAGAGCUGGAGAGCUUCAUGGGGCUCAUCGAGGUGGUCACGGGCUACGUGAAGAUCAGCCACUCGCACGCCUUGGUCUCCUUGUCCUUCCUGAAGAACCUCCGCCUGAUUCUCGGAGAGGAGCAGCUGGAAGGAAACUACUCCUUCUACGUCCUGGACAACCAGAACCUGCAGCAGCUCUGGGACUGGGAACACCGCAACCUGACCAUCAAAACCGGGAAGAUGUACUUCGCCUUCAAUCCCAAACUCUGUGUGUCUGAAAUUUACCGCAUGGAGGACGUGACAGGGACUAAAGGGCGCCAGAGCAAAGGCGACAUUAACACCCGCAACAAUGGAGAGAGAGCCUCCUGUGAGAGUGACAUCCUGCACUUCACCAACACCGCCACCGGUAAGAACCGCAUCAUCCUCACCUGGCACCGCUACCGGCCCCCGGACUACAGGGAUCUCAUCAGCUUCACCGUCUACUACAAGGAGGCACCCCAUAAAAAUGUGACGGAAUAUGAUGGGCAGGACGCCUGUGGCUCCAACAGCUGGAACAUGGUGGACGUGGACCUGCCUCCAGACAAGGACACAGAGCCUGGCAUCCUGUUGCAGGGGUUGAAGCCCUGGACUCAGUAUGCCGUCUAUGUCAAAGCUGUGACCCUCACCAUGGUGGAAAACGACCACAUCCGUGGGGCCAAGAGUGAAAUCUUAUAUGUUCGCACCAAUGCUUCAGUUCCUUCCGUCCCCCUGGAUAUUCUCUCAGCAUCGAACUCCUCUUCUCAGCUGAUCGUGAAGUGGAGCGCCCCCUCCCUGCCCAAUGGCAACCUGAGCUACUACAUCGUGAGGUGGCAGCAGCAGCCUCAGGACGCCUACCUGUACCGACACAAUUACUGCUCCAAAGAAGAUAAAAUUCCCGUGAGGAAGUACGCAGAUGGCAUGAUCGACUUUGAAGAAGUAACCGAGAAUCCCAAGAUGGAGGUGUGCGGUGGGGAGAAGGGGCCUUGCUGUGCCUGCCCCAAAACCGAAGCCGAGAAGCAGGCUGAGAAAGAGGAGGCGGAGUACCGCAAAGUGUUUGAGAACUUCCUGCACAACUCCAUCUUCGUGCCCAGGCCUGAGAGAAAGCGAAGGGACGUCACGCACGUGACUGACACUGCGUCGUCCGGCCGAGGCAGGAACACCUCGGCGGUGGACUCCUACAACACCACGGACCCCGACGAGCCCGAGACAGAUUUCCCUUUCUUUGAGAGCAGAGUGGACAGGGAGAUCACGGUGAUCUCCAACCUCCGCCCGUUUACUUCCUACCGCAUCGACAUUCACAGUUGUAACCACGAGGCCGAGAAGCUGGGGUGCAGCGCCUCCAACUUUGUCUUUGCAAGAACCAAGCCUGCAGAAGGAGCAGAUGACAUUCCCGGCCCAGUGACCUGGGAAACACAGCCGGAAAACUCCGUCUUUCUAAAGUGGCCAGAACCUGAGAAUCCCAACGGAUUGAUCCUGAUGUAUGAGAUCAAAUAUGGCUCUCUAAUGGAGGACCAGCGGGAAUGUAUAUCCAGACAGCACUACAGGAAGUACGGGGGAAUCAAACUGAACCGGCUAAACCCUGGCAACUACACAGCCCGGAUUCAGGCCACGUCUCUCUCUGGGAACGGGUCAUGGACCGAUCCUGUGUUCUUCUAUGUCCCAGACAAAGCUGCCGACGAAGGCUACUCGCACCUGACAGUCGUGCUGCCCGUGGCCAUCGUGUUUGUCGUGGGAGGGCUGGUGAUAAUGCUGUACAUCCUGCACAGGAAGCGUACCAGAAUGGGGAACGGCGUGCUCUAUGCCUCUGUGAACCCGGAGUACUUCAGCGCGGCUGAUGUGUAUAUCCCCGAUGAGUGGGAGGUCGCACGUGAUAAGAUCACCAUGAACCGAGAGCUGGGGCAGGGCUCCUUCGGGAUGGUCUACGAAGGUGUCGCCAAAGGCGUGGUCAAGGAUGAGCCCGAAACCAGGGUGGCCAUCAAGACCGUGAACGAGGCCGCCAGCAUGCGGGAAAGGAUUGAAUUUCUUAAUGAGGCUUCCGUUAUGAAGGAGUUCAAUUGUCACCAUGUGGUGCGGUUGCUGGGUGUGGUGUCUCAGGGCCAGCCAACCCUGGUCAUCAUGGAGCUGAUGACACGAGGGGACCUCAAAAGCUAUCUCAGGUCUCUGCGACCGGAAAUAGAGAACAAUCCAGCCUUUGCCCCCCCGAGCCUGAGCAAGAUGAUCCAGAUGGCGGGCGAGAUCGCAGACGGCAUGGCGUACCUCAACGCCAAUAAGUUCGUCCACAGAGAUCUGGCUGCCCGGAACUGCAUGGUGGCCGAGGACUUCACCGUCAAGAUCGGAGACUUUGGCAUGACACGAGACAUCUACGAGACGGACUACUACCGCAAAGGAGGGAAGGGCCUGCUGCCCGUGCGCUGGAUGUCCCCCGAGUCCCUCAAAGAUGGAGUCUUCACUACCCACUCUGAUGUCUGGUCCUUUGGAGUCGUGCUCUGGGAGAUCGCUACGCUGGCCGAGCAGCCGUACCAGGGUUUCUCCAACGAGCAGGUCCUGCGUUUCGUCAUGGAGGGCGGCCUACUGGACAAGCCGGACAACUGCCCCGACAUGCUGUUUGAGCUGAUGCGCAUGUGCUGGCAGUACAACCCCAAGAUGCGGCCUUCGUUCCUGGAUAUCCUUGGAAGCGUCAAGGACGAGCUCGAGCCCGGCUUCCGUGAGGUCUCCUUCUACUACAGCGACGACAACAAGGCGCCCGAGGCUGAGGCCGAGGCUGAGGCCCUGGCCCUGGCCCAGGCCCAAGCCCAGGCCCAGGCCGAGGACGAGGAUGACGAGCUGGAGCUGGAGCCCGAAGACAUGGAGAGCGUGCCCCUGGACCCCUCUGCUGCCGCCGCCGCCGCCGUGGCCGCCCUCGGCAUACCGCUGCCCGACCGACACAAGCCCGAGAACGGGCCGGGGCUGGGGGCCAUGGUCCUCUGCGCCAGCUGCGAGGAGCAGCGGCGACGGCCCUACUCGCACAUGAAUGGGGGCCGUACGGAUGAGCGGGCCCUGCCGCUGCCCCAGUCCUCCACCUGCUGAUGGGGCCAGGUCCCCGCCCCCGCGCGGCACGCAGGUGCAUGCCUGCCGCGGCGGGGCGGGGCGGAGAGCGCCGGCAGCCGGCACGCAGGCAUCCUGUACCUCAGUGGGUCUUCAGGACUGUGCUGCUGCGCUCCGGAGACGCCUUCUCCACACUAAACAAACGUUUGGGAUGUUC